AAAAGCAUUGCUUUUGUUAAAAAUGGGAAGCGAAUCAGUGAGCCACUUGUCUCUUAAAAAGAAACUCAAAUCAAGGUUUUGCAUCGCCGGAUGUUUUCGUACGACCAAUCACCACCACGACGUCCCCGUCGACAUGCCUUCAUCUCCGACAACUCCCUCCGCCGCGAUGGAGAAAUCUACUCAAAGCCCACGUGGUGGUGGAAUGAAGACCAAAUCUCCACGACUCACUCGGACGUUGUCCAAGUCGCAUGAAAAGUGCCGGAGUCUGAUCCACCGGAUGGGCGGUGGUGUAAGCGGCGUUGGCGGCCACGGGAAGCACAUCCGACGUCAUACUGCAGACUUUCAUUACGACCCGUCGAGCUAUGCGCUUAACUUUGAUAAAGGAGACGAAGGUGACAAUAUCAACCGCUUCCCUCUCCGCAACUUCUCGGCUAGGCUGCCUCGUUCGCCGCCUUCUUCGGCUAAGGCCGCGAUGGAUUCUUCUUUUGCGGUUCACAACCUUUUGCGGUAAUGAUUAUG